AAAACAAUGACUACUAUAAAUGAAAGCUCUGAUCGACCAUCGGCUUCAGCACAACAAGUUGGUUGGAUUUUUGUACGAGAGUAUUAUAAGCAUUUAAACGAAAAUCCCGAGUCUUUAUGUCUUUUUUAUAACAAAGAAUCAAGACUUAUUCGUGGCUUGGAGGGUGAAGAGGUCAAAAUUUGUCAGGGACAACAGGAAAUCAGAAAAAAUAUUGAUGAAAUGCAAUUAAAAGAUGCAUCAAUAAAAAUCAUCAAUGUUGACAGUCUAGAUUUUCUUGAAGGCAAAGUGGUUGUUCAAGUUACAGGAGAGAUUUCCAAUAAAGGCGAAGCUUAUAAAAAAUUUGUCCGAACCGUUAUUCUUGCCAAACCAUCACCAACGGAUGAUAAUUAUUACAUUUAUAGUGAUAUAUUUCGUUAUUUGAAAAAUGAAACUGUUGAAUCCAUUAAACAACAAUCAAUAUACCAAGAGUCAUAUAUUGAAGAUGGAGUGUCAACAUUAAAUGAAGAAAAAUCAGCUAAUGGAGAAGAUGCAAUUUCAAUUUCAACUUUAUCAACUCUUGCUGAGGAAUCAGCUCAAGAGUCAGGUCGAGAUUCAAAAGUAGUUGAAGAAUCUCCUGAAAUUCCUCCUACAAAAGCUAAUGAAACUUCACCCUUAACCAAACCCUCAACGGAAGCUGCUAGUGGUUCUCAGAAAUGGAGUAAUGCUCAGCUUGCAGAACCGAAAGGACGAGUUAUUGCUUCAACAUUACCAAGGACACAACCUCAACAACCUAAUCGUGACCAACGAUCGUACAACAAUCACAACAAUCACAACAACCCUAUUAACAGGGGAGAAUUUUCACUGUAUGUUAAAGGAAUUGUUGAAGGAAUGAAUAAAGAAGUACUUGAUAAAGUAUUUACGGAAUUCGGAGUUGUAAAACAUUUGGAUGUCGUUAUUACAAAAUCAUGUGCAUUUGUGGAAUUUGACUCUCAAAAAUCCUACCAGCAAGCUCUCAGUAAAAAAAUUAUUGAGGUUCCAAAUUUUGGGACUGUUACUGUUGAAGAAAGAAGACCACCAAGAGAGGAGGGAGGCGGUGGACGUCGUCGUGAUUAUUACCCACGUAAUAAUUAUAAUGCGUCACAUAAUCCUCAUAACGGUAACGGUAUAAACUCACAACGUGGAAGUGGAAAUAGAGGUAUGGAUAGACGCAAUACAGGUCCUCGUCAUCCUUCCACCAAAUCUUAUUCAUAA